AUGAAGCAGGAGGUCAGGUCUGCUCUGGGCUCAGCUCACCUCGGGCUGCAGUUUGCUGGACGGGCAGAGGUUGCUCUGUUUUAUUCUGGCAGAGGUGUUGGUCUUGCCCGAGCGCACUUUGAGAAACAGCCGCCUGCCAACCUGCGCAAGUCAAACUUCUUUCACUUUGUGUUGGCUUUAUAUGACAGUCAAGGUCAGUCUGUGGAGAUUGAACAUACUGCAUUUGUAGACUUUGUUGAAAAGGAGAAGGAGCCAGUGAGUGAAAAAACAAACAAUGGAAUCUAUUACAAACUCCAGUUACUGUACAACACUGGUGUCAGAACAGAGCAAGAUCUGUACAUCCGUUUGAUAGACUCUGUGACCAAACAGGCAAUUGUGUUUGAAGGUCAAGAUAAAAACCCUGAAAUGUGUCGUGUUCUUCUCACUCAUGAGACAAUAUGCAGCCGAUGUUGUGGUAAGAAAAGUUGUGGAAACAGGAACGAAACACCAUCAGACCCCGUCAUUAUUGACAGGUUCUUCCUAAAAUUUUUCCUCAAAUGUAAUCAAAAUUGCCUGAAGAACGCUGGGAACCCACGAGACACACGCCGUUUCCAGGUGCUGGUCUCUACCACAGCCUCUGUUAAGGGCCACGUUCUAGCCAUUUCUGAUAACAUAUUUGUCCAUAACAAUUCUAAGCAUGGCAGAAGAGCAAGACGAUUUGAGUUAAUUGAAGCUGAGAUCCCCUGCAUUAAGGCCAUCAGUCCGAGUGAAGGUUGGACGUCAGGUGGAGCCUCAGUGAUUAUUAUUGGAGAUCAGUUCUUCGAUGGUCUACAGGUGGUUUUCGGAACAAUGCUGGUCUGGAGUGAGGUGAUCACACCACAUGCGAUCCGUGUGCAGACUCCACCUCGUCACAUCCCUGGUGUUGUGGAAGUUACACUGUCCUACAAAUCCAAACAGUUCUGCAGGGGACCUCCAAGACGUUUUGUUUACACUGCUUUAAAUGAACCAACCAUUGACUACGGGUUCCAGCGGCUGCAGAAGGUCAUUCCUCACCAUCCUGGUGAUGUGGAAAGGCUUCCAAAAGAGGUCUUACUGAAGAGAGCAGCUGAUCUCAUAGAGACGUUUUACGGAAUGCCUCACAACAACCAGGAGAUGAUUCUGAAGCGUGCAUCGGACAUAGCAGAGGCACUCCACGGGAGCCCACGAAACCCAUCCCAAACAAAUUCACACAGGAUUAUCGGGGUAAACUCCUUUGAUGGACAGUUAACUGCGAACACAGAGGUCUCACAGGAUGUAGAAAGAGUGGGAUUCAGUCGGAGUUCAAACACUGGCUUCGUUUCAGGCUGCACAUCCCAACAGUCUGAUUUCAAUAUCAACACAUGCGUGAACGGACACGCACAUUUGCACCCACACUCCAACAUGCCAAGGCAUACACACUCAAACACACACCCGUCUAUGGCCGGGCAAACACACGGAUUCCCCUCUGUGCCAAACUUCUCCAUGGCUGCCACACAAGCAUUCUUAGACAGUCCCACAGAGGAUACACAACACUACAUCGUGAAGCAAAAAAGUGCUUUUGCUCCAGUUCUGAAGCUGCAGUCCUCAACAGCACAAGUUUCAAGUCUUCCCAUUUGCACGCCUUGCAUGGACUAGUGACACUUUCACAUGGACAAACUCAGAAGUGAAGGAAUCUCUUUGUGGUCGGGGACCAGCAACAUCAAUUUUUUAAUGUUCAGUGCAAGCAAUACAAAAACAAGAAACUAUAUGUUAAAUCGUGUUGAUUGGCGAAAAAGCAGUUUAUUUGUUCUGUGUCUAAACAAUAUGCACCUCUCUAGUAUUAGUGUGUUUGUUCUGUGUGGCCAAGCCAUUCAGUAUUUACUUGAUAUAUAUUUAUUUGAUAUAAUAUUGUGAAAUAUUAUUUCAUUUGAAAAGAACUGUUUUCAGAAUUUAUUCAUGUGAUGCAAAGCCAGAUUUUCAGCAUCAUUACUCUAGUCUUCAGUUUCUCAUGAUCCUUGAGAAAUCAUUCUAAUGAGAUUUGAUGCUCAAAACAUUUACUUAUUAUUAUCAGUGUUGAAAAUGAUUUUGCUGCUUAACAUUUUUGUGGGAAAAGUGGUAUGUUUUCUGUCAACCUUUUGUCCCUAAUUUUUUUGUCCUUGCUGAAAAAGUUAAUAAAUUAAAUUUCUUUCAAAAAAAAAACAAAAACAGAAAUGACCACAAACCUUUGAACAGUAAAUAUUUUCCUAUCAAUAACCAAUAUAUAAGACAUUUUCUUACACUUAAACCUAGCUUUUUUUAAACCCAGCUUUAACAUAUGUCUUCUAAAAACAUACUACUAUUUAAGGGAAAGAAAAUGAUCAAAACACUGGACAUAGAUUCAUACUGGAAUAACUGAUGACAAUGACAAUAUUUAAUUUCUAAUGAAGGUUCAUUUAAGCCCAGGUUCCACAUGGCCCAUAUCUCUACAAGUCUAUUCUUCAUGUCUCAUUAAAUUCUCAUAAAGGUUGAGAAUUGCUCUUGUGUUCUGGGAGGCAGAUCUGCUUCACUGAAUUCUCAAAUAAGCCCUCCAUCAAACAUCAAGUUUUACUAUGAGGAGGAGGCAUCAAAAAUAAAACCAAAUGCUGAAUAUGGAAUUUGUCUCAUAAAUCUGAGCGAGUGCGUCCUCCCUGUGCAGAGAGGAUGCUGCACACUCAUGAACACCAAAGAACACAAAAUUUGUUUGAUAACUGUGUCACACUGUUGUGGACGUUCAAAACCUUUACAGGCUACUGUUCGAAAUUAAAUAAUUUCAUUUUA